AUGGCGGAUUCAAAUGCUUCGUCUUCUCAGCAGCCGUCUAAUCCCGACCCUGCGCCGGCAGCGCCAGCAGUGACAUCAGCGCCAGCCUCGACAAGCAAUGCCGGGAGAAAAAGGCGAUCUUGCGAUCUUUGCAGCCGACGCAAAGUCAAGUGCGAUAAACAAAAGCCAUGCAGAAACUGCGUCAAGUAUGGCGGGGAGUGUAUUUUCCCGGCAGGAAAGACAGCCCAGACUGAAGUUGCUGUAGCGCCUGAGCUUGUCGCGAUGUUACAGCGGCUGGAGAAAGUGGUUCAGACUCUUGAACCAAAGGGACCUGAGCAGCGACAAGGCAGUUCAGCACCUCCACGUUCUCAGCCUGAAGGGACCCGCGAGCACAAUCACCUAUCUCCCCCUGCUUCUGCACCGGCCAUCGAGAUUCCUGCGACUGAAGUCGACGCUGAGCCUCCUGUACAAGAUGACACAGUCUGCUUUGAAACUCAGGAUCAAGUUUUGGAGCCUUUGAAGGAUAUUCGUCCGAAGACCAAAGAUGGUGAGACCGGCGGCAGAAUAAUUGUCGAUGCUGGGAGAGACACAUACGUCAGACGAUGGUUUUGGGAGACUCUUAAUGCUGAGGCUAGCAGUGAUUCUGCAACAGACGACGAACGCUCAGAUGUGGAAGAGUGUAGCGAUUUCUUACCGACGACAUCGAAAUGUGGAAACGCAGAUCCUACACACGCAUCAAUACAACAGACCGGGAGCAAACAGCGCGUGAUGGCGGUGCUCAACUCGCACAAACACCAUUUAUGGAAGGUAUACAAAGAAAGAGUUGAGCCUCUCACCAAAUUACUUCAUUUGCCUUCACUGGAACAAUCGACGAUCGCGCCACCCAGUCCUUCUACCUCGGAUCCCAGACAGAGUUCGCCGUGCAUACUGCUGUCUCUCCAAUAUGGUGCUGUAACAAGUCUCAGCGAGGAAGAGUGCGGUGAGAUCUUCAGUUUGUCACAGGCGCAGGUACUCUCAUUCAUGCGCGAAAUACUGGGUCAAAUGUUCUCGGACGCCAUGCUCAUUCAUACUGGAGACAUACAACCACUACAGGCACUGGUCUUAUACAUCAUCUUUCUCCGGCACCAUGAGCCGAGACUGUCUUGGAAUCUCACGGGCUUGGCGGUCAGACUUGCUCAGAACUUUGGAAUUCAUCGAGAAGGUUCUUUGUUCCGACUUUCGAAGUUCGACAUCGAGAUGCGGCGAAGACUGUGGUGGCAAAUCGCGGUCCUCGACACACCUUCUGCAGAGGACUACUCGGGCGAGUACAAUCUGUUAGUACCUUUACGCGAGACCAACGUGUCAUUACAGUUUCCUGUCUAA